CAACAUUGCACAUACCUGUCUUCAAUACACAGGCACGUAUAGGUUCAUAAAGAAAGUUCAUCCGGACAGCUAAAGGAGAGGGAAGAAGAUUGCAGAUAUGGGAAUUCAGAUGAAAGCUUUAUUGCUGGGUGCUGCAAUGGCAGCCGUAGCUUGUACAACCAUCAUCGCUUUGAUUCUCUCUCUUGCCAAUCAUCAGACUUUGGAUCGGCCAUACUCAACACAGUAUGGGAUUGUGUUUGAUGCCGGCUCCACUCACACGGCACUUUUCCUGUACCAGUGGCUGGGGAACAAAGAGAAUAACACUGGAAUAGUCUCUCAGAAACAGAGCUGUGAUGUGGAUGGUGAUGGCAUAUCCAGCUAUGUACAGAACCCUCUGGCAGCUGGAGAAAGUCUUAAGAAAUGCUUGGAUGUUGCCAAGGCAGCAAUACCAGAAGGAGAGCGGAAAACUACACCUGUGUACCUUGGUGCCACUGCUGGCAUGCGGCUUCUUAGGGCUUUUUCUGCAUACUUCUACACCUUUGACUUCCUUGGACUUGUCCCAAAAGCUCCCCUGACCCAGGUUCUUUCCACUAUUGAGACUCACUGCAACAAAAACUGGACCUCUCUUACCGCUGAAAAUCCAAACAUUACGGCAAAAUAUCUGAAAGAUUAUUGUGCUUCUGCUCAUUAUAUUAUGACUAUUCUCUUGAAAGGAUACAAGUUCAAUAACACCUGGGAUCAAAUCUCUUUUGUGAAACAGGUAGCAGACACAGAUAUUGGUUGGACAUUGGGCUACAUGCUGAACCUGACCAACAUGAUUCCUUCUGAAUGGUCCAGAGCGGUGACAGGAGUGCCGCACAGUCAGUGGGCAGCUCAGAUUUUCUUCAUCGUAUUUGCCCUCUUCCUCAGUUUACUUAUUAUAGCCAUUCUGUUUGUCCGUGAUCUAAGCCAGUGAGUUGUGUGUCAUGAAUGUGUGUAUACAUUAAUAUUUAUUGCUUAUGUUUGUUUUUUUUCCACAAAGACCUCACAAACAGUGAAAUAAUCUAUGAAUUUUGACAUUAUGAUGACAA